ACCGCUGCGUUUUAAUUAGACAGCGAGUCUUCCCUGGAGCCAUGAGUGCUGGAGGAGGAACCCCUUACAUUGGCAGUAAAAUAAGUUUGAUAUCCAAGGCACAGAUUCGGUAUGAGGGAAUAUUGUCCUCUGUCGACACUGACAGGUCCACGGUUGCUUUAGCCAAAGUUAAAUCUUAUGGGACAGAAGACCGGCACACAGACAGACCAGUGCCACCCAAAGAUGAAAUUUAUGAAUACAUAAUCUUCCGAGGAAGUGACAUCAAAGACAUCACUGUGUCCGAGCCACCUAAACCUCACGGACUGCCUCGUGACCCUGCUAUUGUGCAGUCAUCCAUUGGCAGUUCGUCUGCUGCGUAUCACCCACGCUGGAGUCCAUACAGAGACAUGAUGCCCACCUACAACCAGCUGGCUGCUAGUUCUCUGCUCAACCAGCAGUACAAUGCGGCACUGGGCAUGGUACCAGGAUUUCACGGCAUUCCAACCAGAAGAGCUCCUAUGGUCGAGCAGGCUGUGCAGACCGUGCCGUUGGCCAGUGCCUCCCAGAAAAGGGGAAAGACUUCAACCCAGCCACAGGGAAGGCAGCCUGUUCGCCCAACCCAGCGCUCUGGCCGCCGUGCUUCCCAGGUUCAGAAGGAGAAUGUACCCACCAGCCGGCCACCAUCUCAGCCGAGUGCAGCCAAGAUUCAAGGCCAAGGCACUGAGAACCAGAAACAAAGGCAAAAACAAGGCAGUCGCAGGUCCAGGAACAGAAGCAGAGGCCAGCUGCUUGUGAAAAACUCAAAGGCCACAACUUUGCAGUUUGAGUCAGAUUUUGAUUUUGAAACUGCAAAUGCUCAGUUUAAAGAUGAUCUCACGAAGGAGGUUGAAGUUGAAAAGGUGGAUUCAGGGGAGGCCCAGGACAGCCAGGGUAUGCAGGAGGAGGGAACUCUUGCAGAUAAAUACUACGAUAAAGCCAAAUGCUUCUUUGACAACACCUCAUCAGACAUAAAGCCCAGGAGAACCACCUGGGCAGAGGAGAAAAAGCUGAACAUGGAAACAUUUGGCGUGCCCGGCCGCUUCCUGAGAGGUCGGGGAUUCAGGGGCCGAGGACGUGAAGGGCAGAGCACCGCUGAUCAGAGACCCGCUGAUCAGAGACCCCUCCCUAAAGUUGGUAGUGGGAGGGUGUGAAGGCUUUUCUUUGUAUUUUUGUUCUGUAAAUAUUGUGGUUUUUCUACUUAUUUAAAAAGUACCUCCCUUUUUUCCCCCCUAUUUGAAGCACUUGAAGCAAAGUUUUUUUUCUUUAUCCCAAAUAUGUAUUUAGGGACUUUUGUACGUUAAACCUUUAUAUGAGGAAAAUAUAAAUGGGAGAGCAGUUUCUUUUUAAUUGAACAGCUGUAUGCUGGAAGCUCAUUCAUUUAUCGAUGGUUUGGUAAAAUACCUUGUGGAAUGUUUCUUUCCAACAGGCCAGCAGGCACCUAAUUUAGUUUGGUUUUUUUACCAAAUAUAUUAAAUUAUUGUCUACUUGACUGUCCAAAUGUAACUCCAAAUUGCUUUUGGGGGACAUCUAUACUUUAUUUUUCUUUUCCCUACUUGUAAAAUGAAAACUGUGGAGGACUUUGCUAUUAAAUACAUGUGA